AUGGCUACUCCCACUCCCAUGCCAGCCAGAGGCGAUCGAAACGCCCCAGUCUUUGAUUCGUCCAAGCCCCACGAGUUGCGCCGUUAUUUCCUCGAUCUGGAGUUCCUUCUAGCUCGAUCUGCCGUCACUGACGCUGCCCAAAUGAAGGGGCAUGCGGUCAGAUUCCUUUCCGUCGAAGAUCAGGAGAUUUGGGAAGGUCUACCGUCAUUCUCAGACGCCAACAAAUCGUACCACGACUUCAAAUUGGACGCCCUCAGCCUCUACGCAGGGAACGACACAGAUCGUCGUUUCAGCCUCGACGAUUUGGACAUGCUCGUUGGGCAGACAUCUCGCAUGGGAAUCCACACAAAGGACGACCUCACACAAUUUUAUCGACGAUUCCUACACAUCACAACAUUCCUGAUUAGCAAACAACGACUCUCUGUGGCAGAACAGAGCCGAUUUUUCCUUCGAGCUAUGAAUCCAGCCUCGUUGUCCGUCUCAGUUCGCCAGAGACUUCAGAUCAAGAAGCCAGACGUUCACCCUGAGGAUCCAUAUGAUUUGUCAGAUCUGUACGACGCUGCUAAAUUCGUCCUUUCAGGAUCAUCGACCUUACUUCCUGGAAUGCCCACGUCUCAGCCCGGAACCGAGCUCACAAUCAAAUCAGACCCUGGAAUUACUGCACUAGUUUCAUCCGUCUCAGAUCUAGUUCGAAUAAUCGCUGCUCAACACGCCAAUCCUGGUGCCCCAGCACAAUCACAGUCCGCCAACGCCCUGCCCCGCCGUCGCCGUCCUGAUGGCUGCAGUUAUUGCAGUGAUCUCGAGCAUUUUAUCAGCCAAUGUCCCCACGUUUCGACGGAUAUUCGAGACGGAAAAUGCCGCCGCAAUGUGGAUGGGAAAGUCGUCCUCCCCUCAGGCGCAUAUGUGCCAAAUAUUGUCCAAGGAAAGGAUCUUCGAGAGCGCAUUCAGAAGUGGCAUGAAGCGAACCCAGGUCAGGCAGCAGCUCCGCAGAUGAUUUUGGAAGUUUCUCACCAGAAUUUGCUGUCUUCUGCGGCGCCUGGGCUCGUUCAAACGUUCAAACUCACGGACGAAGAACGAAUGGCAGUUCUGACGGCUGAAAUUAAUCAACUACGCACACGGGCCCAAGCUAAACGCGCUAUGGAAGUUGCUAAUCAACCAGAAGUCCCUGAACGCACUAUUCCACCGGCGGUAGCGCGAAAUCCAGUCGUUCCACCUGUUCCAAUCGAAACCGUCCCUCCUGCGACCGCCCCUGCUGCUCCAGUUGCCCCGCCUCAACCCCCAAUCCAUCCGUACGCCGCAGCUCGUGAUGGCGCUUACGCACCGCCCAAAGAACGAAAUGUUGGGAUUCCAGCGCAGAAAUCACAACCCCCACGCUCUUCGGCUCCGAUCUACAACCCCAAAGAUGCUGCAGCUGUUUUCGACGCCAUUUUGGACAUCCCUGUCACCCAGACGCUUCGCCAGACCCUGUCGAUUGCCCCAGAAGUCCGUGCUCAAUUCCGCGAAGCUACUAGUUUCCGUCGUCCCCCUGCCAAGACUGGCGAGGCAGUGCCUCAAUUCCUGCAUCCUGUCACUGAUAGCACGCCCUACGACCUUCCAUAUGCUCAGGACGACUCAGAUUUGGUCGAAAAACCAGACGUUGCCCCCAGACGCUUGGGUGGUCCCAGAUAA